CCCUCUAAACUAAUUUUGCAGAUACUGAUAAAGCUGUAACUUUUGAGAAACUCACAUAUAUACAGCUUAUCAGGAAAAAUGCCCUCAAAGAAGCUUCAAUGGAGAUCAUUGGUACUUGGCUGUUUUAAGGACAACAACUCAUCCUUAGAAACCCCAAAAAUAGUUUCCAAAAAGACAUCUUCUACUAGACUCUCCCUCUCUGAUGUAAGCAAUUAUUCAUCACUCUCCAUCAUGAGUGAUUUAUCCAAUUCUCUUGUGGGAUCAAAUCUUCAGAUUUUCACUUAUCAGCAGCUCAAAGAGGUCACACACAGCUUCAACAAAUCCAAUUUUCUUGGGGAAGGUGGGUUUGGGAAGGUGUAUAAAGGGUUCAUUGAUGACAAGCUUACACUUGUUCCUAGGACAGUAGCAGUUAAGGCCUUAAAUUUGGAUGGAAAACAAGGCCAUAGGGAGUGGUUGGCUGAAGUAGUCUUUCUGGGGCAGUUGAAGCAUCGUCAUCUGGUCAAUUUAAUUGGCUAUUGCUGUGAAGAUGAGCACAGGCUUCUUGUGUAUGAAUACAUGGAGAGAGGCAAUCUAGAGGAAAAGCUUUUCAAAGGUUAUUUAGCAACCUUGCCUUGGCUAACAAGAAUCAAAAUAGCAAUUGGGGCUGCAAAAGGACUUGCUUUCCUUCAUGAAGAAGAGAAGCCAGUCAUAUACAGAGAUGUUAAAGCCUCAAACAUUCUUCUGGAUGCUGAUUUCAAUGCCAAGCUCUCUGAUUUUGGUUUAGCAAUAGAUGGACCAGAUAAAGAUCAUACACACAUUACAACUCGUGUAAUGGGAACCCAAGGUUAUGCUGCUCCUGAGUAUAUCAUGUCAGGCCGUUUGACAACCAUGAGCGAUGUGUAUAGCUUUGGAGUGGUUCUCUUAGAGCUUCUCACAGGAAGAAAAUCUGUGGACAAGAAACGACCCACUAGGGAACAAGAUUUGGUAGAGUGGGCAAGGCCUCUAUUGAAAGAUCACUAUAAGCUUGAAAGAAUAAUGGACCCAAGGCUUGAGGAUCAGUACUCAAUUGAAGGGGCUAGAAAAUUUGCAGCUUUGGCUCAUCAAUGUCUAAGCCUUCAUGAUAAGAGCAGGCCCACCAUGAGAACCGUGGUUAAGAGCUUAGAGCCGUUGUUGAAACUGAAUGAUAUCCCUAUUGGCCAUUUUGUUUAUGUGGUUCCAAGUGAAGAAGGUUCAGUAGAAGUGAAUGGAAAAGGAGUGGAAAAUGACCGUGAUGCGAUCAAUAAAGGCGUGGUGAAGGUUAAAGAAGAAGAGAAUGAAGAGAAAAAUGAGAAGGGUCACAACCGGCGUCGUCGAAAAAGUCGUGGCAGUAGACGCAGGGUUAAGCCUUUGAGGUCUCAUGCUGUUCACUCUGAUACUGCUCUGUAUAAAACUCUUGGUACCAGUUUGUAUUCUCCCAAGCAAGCAGCAGAAAUAAAUGGACAUGGCGAAUAUUAGCUUGAUUUCGUGCAUACCGGCCUAAGUCAAAAUCACAAUGGACAGAAGUAACACUAAGGAAAAUUGACUCUAUCAACCGCGAAACCGAACGAAUUUCUAAACAUGUACUGAGGAAUGGAAUUCUCCUUGAUGUAAUCAUAGUUAAAGUUAGGAAAAAGAAAAAUUAGACAUAGGAUGUACAUGCAUCAUACAGUUCUUGUUUUUGUUUGUUUGUUUGAUUUUGAUGUUUGAUUUUUUAAAAUUUCAGCAUGUUUUAGGUGACUGAUGUUACAUACACCUAAGUAUACUUACCACAUACUUAUUUCAAAGCUAUUAUGCAGUUUAAACGUUACACACAUUUCACAUUCA